AUUCCCCACCUGGUUACCUGACUGCUUCAGCUAGUCCUGACUCAGAUGUGCCGUCCCCGGGUAAGGCAUUCAGACCUAAGAAUGAGGAUGAACGCCAGCAGUACAAGGAACAUAGGAGAGUGUCCCAUAUUUCAGCAGAACAAAAAAGACGGGGGAAUAUAAAGGGUGGAUUCGAUGUCUUGCAUACCCUUAUUCCUGCACUCAUACAGAACCCAAAUGCUAAAAUAAGCAAGGCACAGAUGCUGCAGAAGACUGCUGAGUACUGUAAAAAGUUGAAAUCUGACAGAAAGCAGAUGCAAGAUGAGGCAGAAAUCCUGAGGCAGGAAAUUGAAUCCCUCAACUCUGCUAUCAACACGUGCCAGUCCCAGCUACCAGCAACUGGAGCCCCCGUCACAAGGCAGAGAGCAGACCAGAUGAGGGAAAUGUUUGAUGAAUAUGUGCGCAGUAGAACACUUCAGAACUGGAAAUUUUGGAUUUUCAGUACAAUAAUCCGCCCAUUGUUUGACUCCUACAAUAACAUGGUGUCCACAGCCAGUGCUGAGGAACUGUGUCGGACUGUGUUGGCUUGGCUCGACCAGCACUGUUCACUGGUAGCUCUCAGACCAGGUGUUCUGAACUCAUUGCGCCAGCUGAGUACAUCAACAUCCAUACUGUCCGACCCCUCCCGUGUACCAGAGCAGGCACAAGCUGCAGUUGGCAAGAAACCAGGCUGAGACUCGUUCCAUAAAGCUGGUACUUAAAACUGUUAAAAAGACAAAAGUGUCAUCAGGAAUGAAAAAGCUGAACCAAGCUUAGGCAUGUUGAUAUAAUGAAGGGGAAAGUAUUAUAUUUCGGCGUCUCAGAGCUCUAUAAUGAUUGAAAUUGAAACAAGAAGAUCAUAUAAAAGCUUUAAUGUUAUGAAGCAAUAAUGUAUUGCCUGGCCAGAGAUACUUGGGUGCUAUUUGUGUACAAAGUUUUCAUCAUCGUUAUCAUUGGCUGUCACUCAUUAAGAGUAUUUCAACUGCAACAUGGGGAUGAGCCCAAUGUGGGCAGCACAGGAUCUU